CGAUCUCUUGUUCUUUUUGGCGACUGUAGGGCUGCGCGGAGUGCCUGUGUGGUGCACCAAGUGCUGCCGAGAUGCUGUCGAUCAGCAGGCGUGUCGUCAUCUCCCGGCUGGCGGCGCUGAUCUGACCUCAUCUGACAAAGUGAGACUGUGAGAGGGACAGAAAAGGCAUUAGCGACGGCACUGCAUGUGUUCUCUGUGUGUGGCUGUGUGGCAGGGCUGUGCCGUGAGCUGCGGGUGGCUCAGCUUGCCAGCUGUGCGUUGAAUCCAGCAGCCUUGGCAGCUUGAUGGCUCAAGCUGUGCGUUGAAUCCGCCGUGGCAGGUUAAUUGCCUCUUCCUCACGCUGAGUGAGAACGGCGGAUUUUCCAUCGACGGGCAGACCAACCACAAGUCCGGGUGUGGCGAGAUCAUGCCGUCGCCAAUACGACGGCAUGUGGCUGAGGAUGGCGUGUGGCGCUGGCGGUCUGUCAGGCACGAGGUCAGCUGAAUGGAUGAUGACAGCACUCGAGAGGCGGCUCCCUUGAUGCAGCCGCCGCAACAACCGUUGCUUUCUCUGCUUGGUCUGUGUGCAGGUGAGGAUUGCUGUGGUUCCGGUUCCUCAGGAGGGCUGGUCCUACGGACUCACUCACGAGAGCGGACAGCCACCCACAAAACACGACAAACAGGUCGGUGGGAGGAUGGGUGGCAGAGACAACACACAACACACCUGGCUGCAUGUCUCUCGUCCAUCCCCUGUGUGUGUGUGUGUGCCGUCAGCCAUGGCAUCGUCUGUCCCGCGAUGAGCUCGGGUGCAUCUUCGGCUACCUGUACCCGUGGGAGCUCGAGCGGCUGGAGGCCUCGCUGCGCACCCCGCUGUUUCUCCUCGCCCCCGCCCACUACUCACACCUUUCCAUCGAUGCAUCCGAUGACGAGGCCGUUCUCCUGUGGACGGCUAUGCGUUACCGGCACCAAGCAGGGCGACCUUCCCUGUCUGAGAGGGAGAGAGGGCGGCAUUUAUCGCCGCUCUCCUCCAUGUGCACUGGCUCGGGAGCAGCGGACGUGUGGCUGGCCGUCGUGGUGGGGUGCGUCGGUAUUCUUUAUGUGUGUGUGCGUGUGUGCGUGUGUUGUGUGUCUGGAUGGAUGGAUGGAUGGUCAGUGUACUGGCAGUUUCUUCAGUACCGUAGCGCAGGCACCCACUCACUGGUGUGUGUAGUUUGCUGGAUGGCUUUCCUUCGCAAAGGUCACAGGUAGGGAGAUUGACGCGGCAUUGGUUGCUGUAGAUUCCGUGAGCACAGGCAGGCAGGCAGGAGAGAGAGAGAAGUGUGCACUAGUUCACGGGCAAGUCUGUCUGCCCUCCUGCCCUCUCGUCUGUCUGCCUGUUGUGUGUGAGGCAGCUUGCUGUGCUGAACCGCACACAACGUGUCGUCUUUCUGUGGUCGACGGAGGGCGAAUUGAUGGAUGGAUGGUAGUAGGUAGCCAGUUUCCCUUCGCAAAGGUCACAGGUAGGCACAUUGACUGACUGACUGACAGACAGGUAUGCGCCGAGUAGUGUGCGGCAUUUUAUGUGUGUUGUCUGUCUGCUUGGGCGAGUGCAUUUAUUCUGCUUGCUGCUUCACGUGGGCCCAGGGAGGCAGACAGGUCAGAGGCACCAAUGAAUGAACUCAACCAGACAGACGUACAUCCAUUUCAUGUGUGUCUGUCACGUGUGUCGGUCGAUAGGGGCAGUGCAGGGAGGCCGGCAGACAGACAGACAGACAGGCAGGUGGAGAGAGGGACACAUCCAACAGGCAGCUGCAACUGGAGAGAGAGAGAUAGAGGUGACUUGCUGCCUGUGCGGACAAACAGUGGCAGUGUCAUUACAUGGUGAUGGCUGGGCGGCAACGGAGCCGCUGGUCUGUUCAAC